UUUGGGAUUGGGGUGGAUUGAGGAAUAUCAGGCGUUCUGUUUUGGGAAGGGAUGGGAUUAGGCGGUAGAUGAAUGUGUUAAAUUUCUGGAGGUGGUGAGGAUGGAAGUGAAUUUCGAAAGGCUAUGACGAAUGAACGACUGAUUUGAUGGCUUUCAGACCCGAAUGCGGAGCGAGCUCAGUGUGAGAUGACCAUGCGGCCCCUCCAGAUGGCACAGGGGCUUCUGUUGGGAAACCGUGGGCACAUGCCAGCCUUGGGCACGGAGCUGUCGGUACCUGGCAGUGAGGAGCUGGUUCGAGGCCUGGGGAACUCCAGCUACCAGGCCCUGGGUGGCCGUGCUACGGGGGAGCUCAUCGCUAUCCUGUCGGUGACUUGCGGCCUCUCCUUGGUGACGGUGCUAGGCAACGUCCUGGUACUACUGUCUGUCUGGUUGAACAGGAACCUCAGGACAGUGAGCAACUACUUCCUGCUGAGCCUGGCCUUGGCCGAUCUGAUCAUUGGCCUCCUCUCCAUGAACCUGUACACCAGCUACAUCAUUCUGGGUCGCUGGGCACUCGGUAGCCUGACCUGUGACCUCUGGCUCACUCUGGACUACGUGGUCAGUAACGCCUCGGUCAUGAAUCUCCUGGUGAUCUGCUUCGACCGGUACUUUGCCAUCACUAGCCCCUUGACGUACAGAGCCAAGCGGACCCCGCGGAGAGCAGCCAUCAUGCUUGGCGUAGCCUGGUGCGUCUCCAUCAUGGUGUGGGCACCAACCAUUAUGUGCUGGCAGUACAUCGUAGGCCAGCGGGCGGUGAGGGCAGGCAAUUGCCAUGUCCCAUUCCUCUCGGAGCCCCUCAUCACCUUCGGCACAGCGACCAUUGCCUUCUACCUGCCUGUCGUGAUCAUGACUGUCCUGUACGCCCGCAUCUACAGGGAGACCAAGAGGCACGCACAGUCGCUGGCAGCCCUCCAGGAGACAGGGGGCAAUGCUGCCAACAGGCAGGGCAUGGGCAGGAGGCUGCUGGUGUGUGGGCGCUCACCCUCCGCCACAUCAGAGGGCCAAUCCUGGCCCAGGGUCAUGAGCCUCCCAGUCUUGGAGAGGAAAACCUCCACUGUCAAAGAGAAAAAAGCAGCCAGGACACUGUCCGCCAUCUUGUUGGCGUUUAUAGUCACCUGGUCUCCGUAUAACGUCAUGGUGCUGGUAUCGGCGUUCUGCACCGACUGCAUUCCCAGCGGCCUCUGGCAGCUGGGUUACUGGCUGUGUUAUGUGAAUAGUACCAUCAACCCUGGCUGCUACGCUCUGUGCAGCGCUGAGUUCCGCGUCACCUUCAAAAGGCUCUUACUGUGUCAUUGCGACCGGAGGGAAUGGGCACAGAACGUGCCAGUGAGACAGACCAGACCCAGGUAGGAGGCAGGACUCCCUCCUCCACCCUCCAGGAGUCAGGGAUCCCACCACACACACACACACACCUGGGGGGGUAAACAUACAGACCCAGACCCCAGGGCAGCCAGGAAGAGAUGCCAGGGGCCUUCCCAAUUCACCUGUCCCUAAUCACCCAUAGCCAUCCGUCUUGGUGGGUCUAGAGUCACUUGUAGGCGACUCAGGGAGACAAGACUCCUCAUUCCCUCUGUCCCUGAAUGUCACAAAGUCCUCCCCGCCAGCCCUCCAUAAAUAACCCCCUCACAUUGUACCCUGGUGACAGGGACAGAGGGGCAGGCCCAGGUCUGGGACAGGAGCUGAAUGGCUUCCUCCUCUUUAAAGGACACGGUCAGGCCUUGCUUAAAUAACACUUCAACCAGUCUGUGCACAGCAAGACCCCACAAACUGUGGCUGGGGCACUUUCCGCUCGCAUUUUAGAAGGAGCGUUACAGUAGGCCAUUCAGCCCAUCUUGGUCUGCUCCUCCAUUCAACGGCUGAUCUGAUCAACUUCAAAUCCUCGUCACUGACCCCCACCCCCCAUAACCCCUAACUGAUUCAAACAUCGGGCUCCCUCAGCCUUGAAUAUACAGACCGACCCAGGCUCAACAGCCCUCUGUGGUAAAGAAUUCCUUCCCCCUCCCAGUGAAGAGAUUCCUCACCUUCCAUCUUCCAUGUGUGACUCCUCAAAGAGAGGGUGUCCUCUGGUGUGAGACUGCCCCACAAACGAUAACAACUUCACUUUGUGUACGCUUGUGAAGUUCCCUCUGAAUCUCGUACGUUUUAAUAAGGUCGCCUCUUGUUCUUUGUAACUCCGCUCACCCCAGGCCCGACCUGCUCAGCCUCUCCUCCUGAGGCAGUGCCUCUAAUCGCUGGGAUCAGCUUCCUCUGGGCUGCCUGCAGUGUCGGGGGUUUUCCCUCGGAAGGGGAAACGUUCACUGCCGCUCCAGUGUUCGGAAAGCUCGCAGAUAUCAUGGAAUCCCGACAGUAUGGAAGCAGGUCCUUCAGCCCAUCGAGUCCACACCAACCCCCUCCCUCCCUCCAAAGAGUA